UUAUUUCCCAUUCAAAAUUGCAAUACAACAAGCCUUGCUGGUAAGCGAGGUAUCUUGCAUAUAUAUAGCUUACCUCUUUGUUCUCCUAGACCUAAUAUAUUCUUCACAUGUUCCUUCUUACUUUCAACUUGAAUGUCUUUUGCAAAGUAUAAUUCUCAUCGAAAAGAAACAAUGGCAUCCUUCUCCAAGUUACAAAAUGACAUGCCUGAUGAAACAUCCAUAGAAGUAAGUUACUGCCCGCACCCUUCAUCUCUCAUUCCGCUCUAAAUUUCAGUCGAAAAACCUCCCUUUGCCAGCAUGAUUGAUUAACCUUGGUCUUGAGUUCCAAGUUACCAUCUCAAUCUUUCUCAUCAAAACUCACAUAGCAUAAGCUAACUGUAUGCUAGGAGAAUAUCAAUGGCCUAGCUAUUGAUAAGUUGGCUGUGCCUGAUUCAGAACUAGCCUCUGCUGUUUGGGAGAGCACAUCCAAGUGGCUUCCUCGACGAAAUGAUGAUUGCGACUUUUGGUGGCAGUCAACCGGUCCUCAACUUGGUGCCCUACUUUUUCAUGCUGGAUACAGUGUCGCUCAGCAGUACGAGGGCUUGCUAUUCCACUAUCAUGUUCUUGUACCGCGCCUUGGUCCUCGCCCAACAUCGUCUUCCCUCGCUGGCGGGUCACCAUAUAAAUGGAAGUCCUUCAUGCAAGACGACUUUAAGCCAAUCGAAUACAGUUGGAAAUGGGACACUGGAAAAUUGUUGUCGAACGGAAACAUGUCGAAGCCUGAUCUCAGACUGGUUAUUGAGGCAAUUGGUCCGCUCACCGGAACAACACAGGAUCCUCUCAACCAGGUCGCCACCGGAGAAAUUCUUCGCGAGCUAGACUCCGUAAACCCCAAAGUAGACUUGACUUGGUUUCAUCAAGUGUCUCGUGCUAUAUUUGGAGACGUAGAUGUCACUGGAGCUAAGGAUCAUAUCCAAGCAGCAGAUCUGGCCGAUGUGGGCAGUUCGUCAAUGUUUCUUGCCUUUCAAUUUCUCAAAGGCGACCCCAAGAGCGAUUCUCCCAUCAAGGCUUACUUCAUGCCACCAGGAUGGGCAAAGUCGAGAGGAACUGACAAUCGAGCCCACGAAAAAAUCAUAGCAGCCAUUCGAAGCCUCGGACAUAAAGAUAAGCAUGAAUGGACCACGCUAGAUCAAUUGUUGUCGUUUUUCAAUGAUAACGAGAAUGGAAGACAAUUGUCUACUCCUUUCAUAGUCUCAACCGAUUGCAUGAUAUCUUCAGAAUGUCGAUUGAAGAUAUAUGUUCGUACACCUAGAGCUAGCUUCGAUUCUGUUGUAGAUAUUCUUAGCAUGGGGGGGAAACGAGCAGGAUUCGAGAAGAACUUUCAGGAACUCAAGGAUCUUUGGCGCUUAACCUUUGACCUUCCAAUUGGAUUUUCAACAUCGGAGGAUCUACCCCUACGAGAGCAUGGCACCAGUGGCAUGUGCUACCAUUUCGAAAUUCACCAAGCAAACGCGCUUCCAGACGUCAAGCUAUACAUACCAACCAAGCACUAUGGACAGUCAGACAUGAAAGUUGCUAAAGGACUCACCAAAUACCUUGAGCUUUAUGGGCGAGGAACUUAUGCGGCCGACUACAUGAAAGCAUUAAAGCAAUUGGCACCUCUCCAUCAGCUUGAGACCUCUUCUGGUGUCCAAUCGUACAUAUCUUGUGCAUUGGAGAAGGAAAGUUUAAGCCUCACGACCUACUUUAAUCCUUGCAUCCCUUUGGAGAUUAGAGAUCUUUUGUUAGUAAAUUGAUAAUUGGUGGGGUGGAGGGUUGAUCGAUAUUGACAGGAUUUCAUGACGACCGGAUUCUUGAUAUAAGGACAUGCGACAUGUGAUUGGUGAUCGCAUGCGCUAGAUUAUUACUUACUUUACCUGGAGUAGAGAAAUUAGAUAGAUCCUUCAAAUUAGAGAAUCCUCUA